AUGAUUAGAUGUAUUGUUCCUGAAGAAGACACCACCUUAUAUGACAAACUUGCCAAAAGUGUGAAGCUAGAUAUCAUUAAGUCAGAGCUAAAGCCUGGGACUUUGGUAUGGGCUAAAGCCAGUGGGUAUUGCAGGUAGGAAAACAUAAUCUUCCAAAGCAAACCAGAGUAAACUAUAUUUGACUGGCAGUUUUUGAGUUCUUGUUUACAUAAUUAGAGUAAUGACAUUAAUUGCAAAGCUUUAAGUUAUUUCCAGGAGAAACAAAAUUUUACUUCAGCUACCCCACUACUGGAUUUCUUCAAUUUUUUCAGAUGGCCUGCAAUAGUUACUGCAGACCCUCUAAAUGGACUUCAUUUUGAAGGGGAUGAUGUGGAAAUUAUUUGGUAUCAUGUUGAGUUUUUAGGAGAAGUAAGGACCCAUGGAUGGGUCAGAGCAAAAACCGUUGAAGUCUUUGGUCCAGGGAAUGCAAAUGAAAAUAAACAGUCAAAUAAUUUCAAGGUCUGAAAAAGUUUUUAAUGUUGUCACUUUUGUAUGGCGUUUUGUAGAAUUUGUGUUAUGAUCACAAUUUUCUAAAUUUAAUUACAAUAAAAUAUCAAAUAAAACACCAAGACACAUCAAAUUAUAAAUUAAUCACCAUUUAUUUUUAUAUAAUUGUAAAUAAAACUAGAUCUACUUUAAAUACAAUUAAAUGUCACCCUGAGACUAAGCUUUGUACAAAUUUGAAUAAGAUAUAUAGGGAGCUGAAUAUGAUACUCUGACUAAACAAAUGUUUAAAUAUAUCUAUGUGAAUUAAUGAAAAGUUAGUGAAAAUAAAUAAUAAUUUGCAAUAUUGGCUUUAUGUCUUAUCUUGAAACACAGUGAUUACCAGCAUUUAUUCAUCAUCAUUAUUUUCAAUAUAAGAUAUAUGAGCCAUAUUAUUUAAUGUUGUCUACCCUUUGAUCUCCAAGCAGAAAGCAAAAAAACGCAAAAGGCUUAGUUUCAGUGCAAACUCAAAGGAGAGAGACAAAAAGAAAUACAAGGGUAGUCUGACAGUAGAGAGGGCUGUCAAAGAUGCUAUGAGUUUGCUGCCUUUGACAUUUGUGGACAGACUAAAAACCUGUGAAUUUUUGGAAAUCACUGAGCAGAAAGAAAAUUCUAUCUCAUGUAAAGGUACAAUUUAAUAUAGAUUCAACUUUUGAAAUGAAACACAAUUUCUAUCUUUCAUUGAAUAACUUUUGAAUAAAAAAGUAUAAAUUUUAAGUUUAAUAAAUUUUGUAAAAAGAUUUCACCUUCUACAGACAGUGGAAAAACACAGAAGAAAAAAGUACCCAGGACAGAAGCAAGAGGGCAUGUUUUAUCUUGUGUCAGUGAUAAUCACAAAAUUAGAAAUCAGACAGUUACAGCAAUAGAAACUACAAGAACCCAUUAUGUAGAGAGGGAAAACAAUACAAAUCACAAAGAUAGUAAGUGUAAAGCUGAGAAUUGGAUUGAAAGUCCCUUUGUGAGCCCCAACAUGGAUGUCUAUUGUUUUGAGUA